AUGGCCACCAAGACAGAAAAAGAAUGUUGGUUUCGAACCGAUCUGCCUCCGCCGGUGACGGGCUCAUACGAACCGACCGGAACAUGGGAAGAGACGGGGUCGUUGCGCAGUUACAUCACCGGACCCCGAGACGCCAAGAAAGCCGUCAUCGUGGUCUACGACAUUUUCGGGCCGUCAUCCCAGAUUUUCCAAGGGGCAGACCGCAUCAGCCAGCACUUCGCCGGCUCUCUGGUGAUUGUGCCGGACUUUUUCAAGGGCCAAGCUUUACGGCCCGACCAAAUGUCCCAGGUGCGCGACUUCAUCGCCGGGCCGGGAGAUUUCAAACUCAACGCCGAGGUCCUUGGCAAGGACGUCGUCCCGGCCGUGCGCAAGCUGUUCCCGCAGAUCGACGAGAAGGGCCUGGGUGCGUUGGGCUUGUGCUGGGGAGCCAAGAUCGUCGUGCUGGCCGCCAACGCUGACGCUCCCGAGUUCGGCCCGUUUGGAGCCACCGCCCAAGCCCACCCGGCAGGGCUGGACGUCGAGGACGCGAAAAAGCUCAAGGCGCCGCAUCUGUGUCUGGCCAGCAAGGGUGAGGACAAGGACGUGGUCGCGGCUUAUGCGAAGGUCCUCGCCGCCAAUCCGGCCAGCCUGGUCCAGACCUAUGCGAAUAUGCAUCAUGGCUGGAUGGGCGCCAGGGGCAAUCUCGAGGAUGAAGAGAACCGUGUCGAGUACGAGAAGGGCUAUCGACAGGUCGCGGAAUUCUUUUCAAAACACCUGUGA